CCAUCAAUGAACCACACUCCAGCUCAGUAGGUGGCGGGAAUGCACCUUUCUGUUUGUAUACCAACCGCCAUAAAAAGCCAAAAGAAGAAGAAGAAUGAAACAUGGCCGCCACGGAAGCUGGAUGUGAGCAUUAUGUGCGCAGUUGUUUAUUAAAAGCGCCCUGCUGUGGGAAGUUUUAUGUGUGUCGACUUUGUCACGAUGGUGAAGAGAAUCAUCAACUGGACCGAUUUAAGGUCCGAGAGGUCAAAUGUGCGGCGUGCAAUACUAUUCAAGAGGCUCAACAAACCUGUAAGGAGUGCAGAGUGAAGUUUGGGGAGUAUUACUGUGACAUUUGCCAUCUCUUUGACAAAGACAAGAAGCAAUACCACUGCCAGCCCUGCGGAAUAUGCAGAAUUGGUCCAAGAGAGAAAUACUUCCAUUGUACGAAGUGCAAUUUAUGUUUAGCCACCGAUCUUAAAGAUAAUCACAAGUGUGUUGAGAAUGUGUCCAGACAGAACUGUCCUGUAUGUAUGGAAGACAUCCACACGUCUAGAGUAGGAGCUCAUGUUCUUGCGUGUGGGCAUCUUCUGCACAAAACAUGCUUUGAAGACAUGUGCAAUACCGGGGCUUAUCGUUGUCCUCUGUGUAUGCACUCAGCGUUGAACAUGAAAAAGUUUUGGGAAGAGAGAGAUUGGGAGAUUGCACACUCACCCAUGCCUGCAGAAUAUCAGGACGCUACAGUCAAGAUCAUAUGCAACGACUGUCAGGCUCAUUGUACCGUCUCUUUCCACGUGUUGGGAAUGAAAUGCAGUAGCUGUGGAUCUUAUAACACAGCGCAGGACGGUGGCUUGAUCUCACGGGCCGCUGCAGCUGCACAGGUGCUCACGGAACAGCCGCGUGAUGAAGAACCCGAGACCGAAUUGCACGACGUUUAGAUUUUCAGCAGAAUAUACAGACUAUAAUCUUUCCCUUUUUGUUAUGUCUGCAUAACAAUUAUAGACAUUUCUAUGAAUCAUCCGGAUACUAAACAGUCACAUACAAUAUCAUUGAUCUUCCACACGUAUCCAUUUCUGAUAGACUUCUGUUUAUUUGAAAUUACUUUUUAAUGUCCUGGUACUGGCAAAGAAAUGGAAACGGUAAUGCAACAAAGAGAACUAAAUGAACACUGCAUUGUCAAUCAGUUAUUAUUAAUAUUGUUUAUUUGACUGAAUGUUAAGCAGAAGACAACAGAGCUUUUGAGACAUUGUUCAUAUUCAUCAUCGUUUGUGGAUGACCGCAUUAUGAUCUGAACUCAUCCCCUGCUUUUUAAAAACAAAAUGGGAGUUAUUGAAUUGGGAUAAAAGUUAGUUUUUAUGUAUAGCCAUUAUAAGUAAACAUCGUUUUAACAUGA